CUGGGCUCAAGUUGGAAGAUCGAAAAUCAAAAUCAAAUUUUAAGUUUAUUUAUAGAUUAUUUGAUUUUUCCUUACUACUGUAAUGUUGACAUGUUCCAAAGACAAAAUAAUUUUAUGACACUAAUCUAUAGCCCUAAAGUCUUUGCUGAAAAUGAUUUUUACCUGUAAAUAGACUUGCUUUUGAGGUUCAAGCUCGGGUCUUCAGUAUAUUUUGCUCAACCUACACAUCGUCCAAAAUGGAUUUAGCAAAAUCCCUAUUUGAAACUAGAAGUCAUAAUGGAUAUGUUGGAAAGGCUGAUCAUAAUAAAAGAGAACUUGAAUUGGCUAUCGAACCAGAUGAUGCUGAUGAUUCUUUUAUUGAUAAUUUUGAUGGUUUCAACAUAGAAGACUUUCUUAAACCAACUCCAGGGGGUCCAUUUUUUGCCUUGACUCCAAGUAUGUGGCCCCAAGAAAUAAUGGCCAAACAAUCCAGGGAGCAAGAAGAUCCAAACUCACAACCAGAGUAUAGGUUUGAUGAAUUUGGGUUCAGAGUUGAAGAAGAGGAUGGACCCGAACAAAGUUCAAAUAAACUUCUUGGUAUUCCAUUGGUUGAAGAUCCCCAGCACAGGCUGCAAUGGGUUGCUCAUUUGGAGUUUUCUCAUAAUCAAGAAGUAUCUGAUUUAACAUGGGACAAAGUUGAGAUUAGAAUACCUAGGACUGAUAAGCUACUUCAAAUGGUGAGAUCUGGUAUCCCACAUUCCCUAAGACCACAAAUGUGGAUGCGCAUGUCCGGUGCAUUAGAAAAGAAACAUCAAUCUGAAUUAGGCUACAAAGAAAUUGUUAGAAUGUCCAGCAACGAUUCCCUUAUGACAUCCAAACAAAUAGAAAAAGAUCUACUCCAUAUUAUACCAACCAAUGCUUGUUAUAGCAAUGCUAAUAGUACAGGAAUUCCUAGAUUGAGGCGCAUUUUGAGGGGUGUCGCUUGGUUGUAUCCAGAUAUUGGGUACUGCCAGGGUUUGGGAAUUAUUGCAGCCUCUUUACUACUUUUUAUUGAGGAAGAAAACGCUUUUUGGAUAAUGGUAACAAUUGUUGAAGAUCUACUUCCUGCUUCAUAUUACAGUUCCACCCUCCUAGGUAUCCAAGCAGAUCAAAAAGUUCUCCGCAACCUCAUAUCAAAUUACCUGCCAGAUACAGAUGAAGUCCUAAAAAAUCAUGACAUCGAAUUAUCAUUAAUCACUAUGCAAUGGUUUUUAACUUUAUAUGCAAACGUCGUUCACACCAAAAUUUUGCUCAGGAUAUGGGACCUUUUCUUUUUCGAAGGCUCCAUGGUUUUAUUUCAGAUUACGCUCGCCAUGUUGAAGAUUAAAGAACCGCAACUCAAGACACUUGAAAAUUCUGCUCAGAUUUUUAAUGCGCUUUCUGAUAUACCUGGUGAUAUUGAUGAUGUAGACAAAUUGUUAGAGGUAUUAACCGAACUAACAAGUUCAUUGAACGAUGUAAUGAUUGAAACCUAUAGAAGAAGACAUUUGGCUUAUUUAAUGGCUGACCAAGGAGCGUUAGUUGGUAACCCAGAUGCAGCGGCUAAUUUACCUAAGCAGCAUUUAGUGAGGAGGCAAGUAAAGAAAAACAAGUCCGUUAUCCAACUAUUGCUUUUCAAUGAAACCAAUGAAGAGCAAAUUAAAAGUAAAAAUAUCAAGCAAACAGAAAUACUUGUCGAUCUUAGGGAAGCAAUUCUUCAGGUAGUUAGACAUUUUUUACAAUUAGAUCCAAAAAUAAGCUCAGAAAUAUCAUUAAUAGCCGAUUAUUCAAUGGAAAGCCAUGCUCAGGAUCACACGAAUUAUAUAAACGUCUCAAAAAAUAGAAAACGGAGAGCCAAAGCGCUGCUAGAUUUUGAAAGACAUGACGAUGAUGAGCUAGGGUUCAGAAAAAAUGAUAUCAUCACUGUUAUUAGCCAAAAAGAUGAGCACUGCUGGGUAGGAGAAUUGAAUGGGCUGAGAGGUUGGUUUCCGGCAAAAUUUGUACAGUUAUUAGACGAGAGAAGUAAGCAAUAUAGUAGCGCUGGUGAUGAUAGUAUAUCAGAAACAAUUACUGAUUUAGUACGAGGAGUAUUGUGUCCUGUGAUAAAACAAGUUUUUGAACAUGGAAUGAAACGUCCAAAUUUUUUAGGCAACCCAUGCCAUCCCUGGCUAUUUAUAGAAGAAGCAGCCACCAAAGAAGUCGAAAAAGACUUUAAUUCCGUUUAUAGUAGAUUGGUUCUAUGUAAAACUUAUAGAUUAGAUGAAGAUGGCAAAGUUUUGACACCAGAAGAAUGUUUCCAGUUACUCUAUCGAUGCGUCCAAUCCAUCAAUCUGUCCCACGACAAUGCACAUGCUCAAAUGGAUGUCAAACUGAGGUCACUUAUCUGCAUUGGAUUGAAUGAACAAGUUUUGCAUCUUUGGCUCGAAGUACUUUGCUCAUCAAGUGAGGUUGUGCAAAAAUGGUUCCAUCCAUGGUCUUUCAUCUACAGUCCCGGUUGGGUUCAAAUCAAAUGUGAACUAAGAAUAUUAUCUCAAUUAUCUUUCAAUUUAAACCCAAACUGGGAAUUGCCUGUAAAAAGAGAAACAAACAAUCAACCUUUGAAAGACGGAGUGCGGGAUAUGUUGGUCAAACAUCAUUUAUUUAGUUGGGAUAUCUAACAUUUGAAAGUAUUAGACCUAGACUUUUCAAUCUAUCAGACCAUUUACAGGGUGUAUCAUUGUUUAAACAUAGCCUUAGUGCUAAGUAAACGACUGCCCAAAACUGAAAAAGAGUUUAAAUAUCUAUACAGGGUCUCCCUGGGAAAACAGUCCACCCCGAUUUAUUGGAUCUGGGAUGAGAAUCUGGAAAAACGCUCGGACACGUCGAUUUUUGAUUUGUAGGGGAACUGUUUUUCAGUUUUUUUCAUCCCUGUAACUUCAACCCUCUAGCUAGAGGGAGGACAACCCCCAAAUUUGAAUAGGGGAUCGGGGUCGUGUCAUAUCUCUUUUUAAAGGUCUUAUGGAGUUCUUUAUGGCCCUAGAAUUUCAUCUCAUUAUUUUCAUUCGUAACGAAAUGACAGCAGUGGGAGUAAAAGCGAUACUUACCUCCCUUUAUAAAAAUACUUGAAAUUGAAGUUUUUUAUUAUUAUUAUUGAUGAGUUGUACACGAGAAUUGUAAAUUGUAGUUAUUUUUACUCGUAUUUUUAUUAAGGGAGGUAAGUACCGCUUUUACGCCUACUAAUUCCAAAAUUUUGACAAGCUGUCAUUUCGUUACGGAUGAAAAUAAUAAGACGAAAUUCUAGGGCCAUAAAGAGCUCGACCUUUAAAAAGAGGUAUGACACGACCCCUAUCCCCUAUUCAAAUUUGGGGGGUUGUUCUCCCCCUAGUUAGGGGGUUGAAGCUACGGGGAUGAAACAAACUGAAAAAUAGUUCCCCCUCAAAUCAAACAUUGACGUGUCCGAGCGUUUUUCUAGUUUCUCAUCUCAAAUCCAAUAAAUCGGGGUGCACUGUUUUCCCUAGGAGACCUCGUAUAGUCAGCUUAAUGUUUUAAGGUCGCAAGGAAAUUUUAGGGCUGAAUCUAAAAUAUUACUUAAAUUUGCCAGAUUUUUUUUCUGAAUUUUACAAAUCAUCCAACUAGCAUUAUUUUGCAACAGGCCCCGAAAUAAGCUUUCGCGGCAGCCCCACAGGCCGCAAAAUUCUAUUUCGCUGCCGUUACCCUUGGUAAUAAUAAAUCAAAAUUUCAAUGUGAUUUGAACUGAUAAUAUUUACUUCUGAUGGCAUAUCCAUAGAAAUACAGUGAGUACCAUACCCCUCUGUAUAUUGAACUGGUGGUUGGUUCCACAAGUUUGUUAAUUUUUCUGUAAUUCUACAUAAUAUACAUAGUUGCACAAAAAAUACUGUGUUUUCUAGGUAUACCAUAGCAGCGAAACCUUUUAGCGUCCUCGAGAUUAUCUUUUCUCUGCGCUGAAAACGAAUUUCGAGGCCUUGGCAUAUAAAUAAGUAUUAAUUUAAAUGAGCAUGAUAUAAAUCAUUAAUGUUAACUUAAGUAUAAGUAUUAAAACAUAACUAUAUGGCCAAUCCAAAUAUUAGCUAUUAACUUAUAAGCUCUGUAACACAAACUACUGGAUAUGAUAAGUUUGAGCAUAUUUAGGUGUCGAAAUAUGUUCUUUUAAAAGAUUCCACUUGUAACGUGUACCAAUAAAAAUUUAUUUUUUUUGUGAAAAUUGAAUUUCAAUCUUCUGAAGCAUUGGCACUAAACUAUUUAGUUAAAAUUAUAGAUUGGCAGUUUUCUCAAGAACCGGUAAUUAUUUUAGGCCGCACCUUAACAUAAACCAUAAAAAUAUCUUUUUUACGCAUCUUUACGACACCAAUUAUUUUUUAACUGUAAAUGCUAUACCUAAUGCCUUCUAUAAAAUGUACCCACGAUAAUUGUUGUGGAAAAAUAUAUCACAGAGAAAUUAUUUUUCUAAUAAUUAACUUACUAAUAUUAAUGUUGCAAUUUUAUUUAUUUAUUUAAAUUAAUUUAUAUAAGUAUAAUUUUUGUUGAUUAUAAUGAAGUUUAUCUGUUUUAUUGGUCAAGUAUAUACGUAAUAACUUAAUAAGUAGAUAAUUAAUUAUAGUUUGGUCUAAUUUAUUUUUCAAGGAUAAUAAAUUAUUACAAGAUAGAUAACUUGUUUUAGUACAAUUGCAUCUCUUAAAUUGAAGAAAAAUUUUAACAGUGAAUCAUAAAAAUUUCCUCCCAAUCUGUUGAGCAGAAAAAAUAUUGUUCCCAG